GCCCCACACCUCUCUUUCUCUAUAAAUAUACCCUCUUACCCUUAUUAUUCCUUCGAUUUCUCCCACCCCCAAUUUUCCCCCAAUUUCUCACCCUAGAAAUCGUUACUUGUAGACGGAAUUUCAUUCAAUUCAAUUGAUCCGGCAAUCAGGAAUCGGAAUCACUACAAUCGAUUUUCAUUUGUUAUAAAAUCGUAUAAAUGGGGGAUGCAUAUUGUACCGAUUGUAAGAAACACACAGAAGUUGUGUUCGAUCACUCGGCCGGUGACACAGUAUGUUCUGAGUGCGGACUCGUUCUCGAAUCGCACUCCAUUGAUGAAACUUCCGAAUGGAGAACUUUCGCUAAUGAAUCGAAUGAUAAUGACCCGGUUCGUGUUGGUGGGCCGACUAACCCUUUACUUACCGAUGGUGGGCUUUCUACUGUGAUAUCCAAGCCCAAUGGUACUACUGGCGAUUAUCUUUCAUCAUCGUUAGGCCGGUGGCAGAAUCGAGGUGCUAACCCUGAUCGUGGGCUUAUUCUUGCUUUCAAGACCAUUGCUACUAUGGCUGAUAGGUUGGGCCUUGUGUCAACCAUAAAGGAUAGAGCUAGUGAGAUAUUCAAGAAAGUGGAAGAUCAGAAGUCGAGUAGGGGAAGAAAUCAAGAUGCAAUAUUAGCUGCAUGUCUGUACAUAGCUUGUCGGCAAGAGGACAAACCUCGGACUGUAAAAGAAAUUUGUUCUGUUGCCAAUGGUGCGACGAAAAAAGAGAUUGGUCGUGCUAAAGAGUACAUUGUAAAACAGCUGGAGGUUGAAAUGGGGCAAGCAGUAGACAUGGGAACAAUUCAUGCUGGAGACUUCCUGAGACGUUUUUGUUCAAAUCUUGGUAUGAACAAUCAAGCCAUGAAGGCUGCACAGGAAGCUGUGAAAAAAUCCGAAGAAAUUGAUAUAAGGAGAAGUCCCAUAUCCAUUGCAGCUGCAGUUAUUUAUAUCGUCACUCAACUUUCAGAGCAAAAGAAACCCCUUCGAGAUAUAUCACUUGCUACUGGUGUUGCUGAAGGAACGAUCAGAAAUGCUUAUAAGGAUCUUUAUCCUCACAUUUCUAAAAUUAUUCCCACUUGGUAUGCCAAGGAGGAGGACCUGAAAAAUCUGUGCAGUCCAUAGAAGAAAUACGAAGAAAAAUCCAACUUGUAAUCUGAUAUGGUCGGAGCUCUACAGAUUUUUGUUUUUUUUUUGGUUUUUUGGUGUGGGCAUACAAACAAAGGCCUGCCCUAACAAGUGAUUUAACAGUUAUUAAUGCCGGGAUGAUUCGUCAUAAAUGAGCAAAAUUAGCUUGUUUUGAAGUUGAAGAAAUGCACCCAUCUCAGAUGGGGGUGAGUUACUGUCACUGAUAUACAUUUCCCUGUUGAAUUAUUAUGGAAAAUGUAGAUUUUGAAUGUUGAGGGAGAAAUAUAGGAACUGGAACCAUUGGUGAAAGUUAGGGUGUUACUAGUAUUGGGUUUAAGGUGUUCUCUCUUUUAUGGGUGAAUUGGUAUAUGAAAUAGAGAAUACUUUGAAAUUUAUGUUUAUUUAUUUAUUUAUUUUCUUUUUUUUUUUUUGUGUUUGUGAAAAACUUGAUAUGUUGAAACUUGAAUGAUUAUUCUGACAUGGUUUUCAUUCAACAUCUGUGAUUCCUGCUUUUGUUAAUUGUGGUGUGAUAUUCAUUUUCAGAUUGGUGUAUUUUUGGUUGGAAGGUUGUGAGAGCUGGUUUUGUCUUUGCAAUGAAAUUUUUAGAAUGAAUUUUAGCACUCAAAAUGUUUACAUAAGCAUUCCUAGAAAUUGCUUUGAACUUCUUUUGGCACUCAAAGUUCGAAUGAGAGUGUUUUGGGAGGAUUGGUGGGAGUAAUACUUUUGGACACACUAAAAACACUCUGGGGUGUUUGGAAAAUGACUGAUAGUUG